AAAUCCCAUACAAAAAUGAUGGCCACUUCCCUCUUUCCACACACGAUCUUGGAAUUAAAGAACAACAUGCCAAAAAGUCAAGUAUUAUUCCCCCAACUCUCACUACUAUUCCUUAUUGAGCUUGCUUUGCUUAUCUCAUACGCAGUUUGUGCUCCGAUUGGGAUAUGCUACGGCCGCGUAGCCAAUAAUCUACCACCCACAAACGACGUCGUUAAACUCCUCCAAUCAAAUGGAAUAUCUAACAUUCGUCUCUUCAACACCGACUCCGCCCUACUCCGAUCAUUCUCCGGCACCGGAAUAAAACUAAUGAUCGGCGUACCCAACGAAAUCCUCCCAUUCCUCGCCACAUCUCCGCCGUCCGCCGCCAUUGACUGGCUCAGAUUCAACAUCUUCGACCACAUUUCCGCCGAUCAAAUCCGAUACAUCGCUGUAGGCAACGAGGUUUUCCUUAAAGACUCGUUCUACGCACCUCAUCUCGUUCCCACCAUUCUCAAUCUCCACAUAGCUCUUCAAACCCUAGGUCUCGCCGAUUCAAUCAAGCUAUCCUCGCCUCAAGCCGCGUCCGUACUAUCCACAUCGUACCCGCCUUCCUCAGCUUCCUUCGAUCCCUCCCUCCGUUUCGCCAUGAUUCCUCUCCUCCAGUUCCUGACCGAGACCGGAUCGCCGUUCAUGGUAAAUCUCUAUCCUUACUUCAGUUACAUCAACAGUAAACCAGAAGAGGUUUCGUUGGAUUACGCUCUGUUCAGAUCUGAACCGGACCGUACGGUUCGAGACGGUGCGUUUGAGUACAGUAAUGUGUACGAUGCGAGUAUUGACGCGUUGGUUUACGCGAUGGAGAAGGAAGGUUUUGGAGGAGUUACGGUGGCGGUGACGGAGACUGGUUGGCCGAAGAGUGGUGGAGAAGCGGCGAACGUUGAAAACGCGGCGGUUUUUAACGGUAAUGUGGUGGCGCGUGCGGUUAGAAACGCCGGGACUCCUAGAAGACCCGGCGUCGGAGUUGAGGUUUACUUGUUUGAUCUUUUUGAUGAGAAUGGAAAAGUUGGCGAAGAGUUUGAGAAGCAUUUUGGGAUUUUUGGGCUUGACGGGGUUAAGGCUUAUGGGCUUGAUUUUAAUUAAGACAGGCCCAAGUUCAAGCCCAAAAAGUAAGGAGGAAAAAUGUUAGUUUUGUGAUUUUUCAGUUCUUUAGUUUACAAGUGUAAUUUAGGUUGAGCUUCAUAAAAGAUAUAUAGAAAUGUUUGAUAAUUAAGAGUUAGAGUGGGUGAGACUGUAGUAGAACCAUGCCUAUUUAAUAAAAUAAAUGAAUAAAAUGAUUUAUUAGGACUUUUGAUUUUAAA